UAUUAAUGCUAGGUAAUUGUGUAACCUACGACUCAAAGUAAGUGUGUAUGUACACUAGGAGAGACUAUAUAAACAGAUAUUUAACUCAUAGUGAUGAGCCGUAUUACAUCUCUACUGCGAAGAACAUUCGCAGUGGCAAAAGAGCAUGUCGGCACGGAUCAUUUAGGAAAUAAAUACUACUAUAUACCCGAGCAGAAGUCCUGGACUGGACGGGUCAUCCGGACCAGACGCCUAGUAGAAGCAGCCAAUCCAAAUGAGUUUGAGUACAUGGAAGGAAGCAUUCCUUCUGAAUGGGAUGCUUGGAUCAGGGGCAGGCGGAAGCAGCCACCUACAAUAGAGGAGUUGCUACAGAAUGAAUGUUACAGGGAGCAGAUCAAAGUCAGAGCUAUAGAGGCAGAGGAGAAGGAUAAAACCCUGCAGGCAAAACAGUAUGAGGAAGGUUUGGUGGCCCAACCUGUUCAGACUCAGGUCAAAGGUCAUGCUUCUGCCACACAGUUUGGACAGACUGAAUUCAGUGAGGAACCCGUAAGCACUGCAAACACAUUCCAGCCUGGGUCCUGGAUGCCUCCAGGAAGCAAAAAAUAGGUUUAUUUGAAACCUCCUUUGCCAUCUUCAAGUAAAUUUGCAGUUUAAGUGAAAUAGUAGUUUUGCUGAUUUUCAAUGCACCUCAGCACUUCUUGAUAUAUAUUCAGUACUGGUUCUCUUGAGACAAUUGAUAACCACUGCAUGUAAUGACUGGUUGGCUUGCUAUUUUUUUUUAGUUUAAAGGAAUAUUUUCUCCAGAGAUUUCUGAAAAUGUACAAACCCUCAGACUAUCCAAGAUGUAGGUAAGUUUCUUCAUCCAAAUAGAUUUAGAGAAUUUGGAGUCCAGACAGCUGAUGAAAACAUGACAAUGUAACAUCGCAAAGCUUUCAUGAAUUGAAAAGCUCCACAUUAAGAUGUUUUUAACUCCAAACCGUUGCUUCCAAGUAAAUUAUGAGUCCUCUAUCCAUAAUAUUGCCUUUUCCUUGUCUAAAUCAGAAGCCAAAGCAGUUCUAAACAAAUAUGUCGAUCAAAUUUUGAUGUGAGAUGAUGACAGGGGAUGGCCUUUUUCACUAAAGGAAGCAUUAUUAUUGAUUCUAGACUUUGAAGUAAAAACUUCAGUGUUAAAAUAAUAGAUGUUAUCUUGCAAACAUGCAGCUUUUUACUUCACAAGAUAUUAAUUGACGGUCUGGAGUGAUGUCAAUUAUGUGCAUUAUUGUAAAGUUUUUCCUCUAGUUCUCAAAGAACCUAUCACUGUGGAGGAUCAACUGGAUAUUAGUGUGAUGUAAUGCUAAAUUUCUCCAAAUCUGUUCUGAUGAAGAAACAAACUCCUCUAAAUCCUUGUAAAAUGAUGUAAAGAAAAAAUGAUAUGCUGCUAUUUUUCUGUGUGUAUUGCAUCAGGAUUGUUUCAAAACCAAA